AUGGAAUUUAUUAAAAUAUGGACAAAGGCAAACAACCUUGAAUCAACAAAAGUAAAAGUAGCGUUGAAUGCUGAUAUCGAUGAUGUCAAAGAGGAGAUCUUUGGUAAAGAAAAGAACAAGUAUUAUGCAAUGUAUAAGAAUCAAAAGCUGACAUCAUCCACACCGGCUCCCACUGAUACUACGGAUGCUAAACCAAUUAUAUUUUUGAAGAUUCAUUAA